AUGAUCGUACCAAAUCCCGAGCAACGGUCAUGGGAAGAAGCUUCAGGGAACGUUCGCGACAAGAUGACACGAGACCAGCGCUUCGUAGUCGCGAGAAAGCAGGAAGGUCGCGGAGUCUCCGGGGCUCGGCGGUCGAGACCCCGCAGGAAUGCAACGCCGGCUCGAAUUAAUAGAUCGAGGGACCCGGGCGAAUUUAUCCGCUUCGUGGCGGCGAGUUUAAAAGCGGCGCGGGUCUCCUUUGCAUCUCGAUCUCUCCGCGGCGCUGGGGGACAGAGACGCCGGCCCCGUGAUGAGUCCAGACGACGGUUAGAUAACGGGCAAUCGCAUUUAGAUAAGAAGCGCGGAAGAGACCAUUGGAAAUGUUCGAAUCCGGGCAGAGGACCCCAUUAA